AUGUUACGAUGGUUCCACGUGGAAGACGAGAAAACAUUCCUGUUUGGAAUUCGAUUUCGAAAUAGAAAACUAGUUACUUUCUUCGCUUUAAUUCAAUUGGUAGUUGCUUGUGUUUCAUUUGCUCAACAUAUAUAUUCAGUUGCGCUUUUUAAUAAGAUAUUCUACUGUUCAUUCAACGAAACUCGUUCGAAUACAGGUCAUUUUCUCUCUCACGACGUCAUUAUUUUCGACUUUGGUCUCUUUCACGAAUUAAUUAAUGUUCAAGAAUGCAUCGCUAAUUAUUUAGACGGUGGAUACAUGAGGUGUUUAUGGUGCUUUACUCAAAUGAUUGCAUUGGCAUUAACCAUUUGGACAACACUAUGUAUUCCAAAACCUCAUCCAUUACUUCUCUGGCCUAUGCUCAUUAUUCAGAACGCCUAUUGUUUUGGAUUAGUGAUUCUGACGAUAGCAACAGCUGAUAAGCUGCUCGUUGCUCUAUUCCAUCCAGUGAAUGCUCAUCUCAAUCUAAUGAUUCUAUAUUUCGCCGUCGGAACAUCUAUAAAUCAUUUCUUUGAUUAUAUUCUCUGGCACUAUUAUUGGUACGAAGAGUUCCAGUAUAUAGGUCGAACAGGGAAGCAUGUUAUUCCUUUUUGGGUUUAA